UGUGCGCCGUGUUGGAGGGGGUGCAAGAUGGCGGCGGGCGACGCGGUGGGGAGGUACCGCGGCACCGUGGGCAGGAGCAAAGACCCCUCGGGGCUGCUCAUCUCGGUUAUCAGGAGCUCAGGUGAGGAUGAACUUGGCAAGCAACAGGUGAAGGAGAACCUGCUCUCCUGCAAGAUGCUGCUGCACUGCAAACGGGACGAGCUGCGCAAGCUGUGGAUCGAGGGCAUCGAGCACAAGCACGUGCUCAACCUGCUGGACGAGAUCGAGAACAUCAAACAGGUGCCCCAGAAACUGGAGCAGUGCAUGGCCAGCAAGCGCUACCUCAACGCCACCGACAUGCUGGUUUCCGCCGUGGACUCCCUGGAGGGGCCCCUGCUGCAGGUGGAGGGGCUGAGUGACCUGAGACUGGAGCUGCACAGCAAAAAGAUGAACCUGCACUUGGUGCUGAUCGACGAACUGCACCGCCACCUCUACAUCAAAUCCACCAACCGCGUGGGGCAGCGCGGCAAGGAGCGYGCCCGCCUCGGCUCCCUGGUGAAGGAYGCCUCUCCUGUGCCUCUGAUGGACGUCACCAAUUUAUCCACACCUCGGAAAUUCCUUGAGACUUCCCAGUUCAGCACUCCUGGAAGCUCCAGCAUGCGAGACUCGAGCCUUCUGGAAAUCAAAGACGACCCCGAGCUGGAUCCAGAGGAGAACAGCGCUGUUUUCAUGGGAAUYCUCAUCAAAGGGUUGGCCAAGCUGAGGAAAAUCCCCGAGACGGUGAAAGCCAUCCAGGAUCGCCUGGARCAGGAGCUCAAACAGAUCGUGAAACGUUCCACCACUCAGGUGGCUGACAGUGGCUACCAGAGAGGGGAGAAUGUGUCCCAGGAAAACCAGCCCAGGUUGCUGCUGGAGCUGCUGGAGCUGCUCUUCGAUAAAUUCAACGCGGUGGCCGCCGCGCACGCGGUGGUUCUCGGGCACCUGCAGCAGACGGUGGCGUCUCCCUGCAGCCAGUCCGACGGUGAGAUCAAACUCUACGACAUGGUGGAUGUGUGGGUGAAGAUCCAGGAYGUGCUGCAGGUAAGAAUCCCUCAGAUGGGCACAUUUUUGGCUUUUCCAAAUUUUUAUAACCACGCCAGUGCAAGACUUUUCCAAACUUUUAUAACCGAGCUCAGCGUUCAGCAGUGUCUCGAUUUUUGGGAAGUGGCCACGUUUACAACAGAUU